CCGGAAACAGAUAAGAUCACAGAGGUGAGGGGCAGAGAGUGAGGUUUUGGGGUGCGGGUGGCAAUGGCAUCAGCUACAGCAGCGACUAUCUCAUGGCUUCACAGCUUCCGGGGCACUGCUAACGAGACCGCAAAAGUACCCGAAAAAGCCAAUUCCUUUAAGAUUAUAGCCCAGAAGAAGGCCAAAAAGACUCGAAAGAUAAUCUUGAAGGAGGAUGUGGAAACCCUGGGAAAGAAAGGGCAACUUCUGGAUGUGAAGGCCGGAUAUUUGAGGAAUUAUCUUCUGCCGCUGGGCAAGGCCCAGCUUGUCACUCCUAUUUUGCUCAAGGAAAUGAGAAUGGAGGAGGAAAGGAUUGAGGCAGAGAAGAAACGGGUAAAAGAAGAGGCACAGCAACUUGCUCUAAUUUUUGAAACAGUUGGAGCUUUCAAAGUAAAGCGUAAAGGUGGAAAAGGAAAGCAGAUUUUUGGAAGUGUUACUGCUCAAGAUCUUGUUGACAUUAUCAAGGCACAGCUUCAAAGGGAUGUGGACAAAAGAAUUGUUUCCAUUCCAGAGAUCAGGGAAACAGGGGAAUAUAUUGCGGAACUGAAGCUUCACCCUGAAGUUACUGCUCGAGUUAGAGUGAAUGUUUAUGCUAACUAAGGACAAGCACCUUUUCUAUUCCUGCUUUUUAAUGGACAGUGACAGAAGUCACUUGUGUAAGUGUAAGGGUGAAUGUGGUUAGGAAAGCAUGAGAUUCUGAAUGGAGAGUGGCUGACAUGUAAAAUUCUUGUUGUAGACAGUAGGUGCACAUUACCAUUGUGGAGCAACUUUUUAUGAGUGUCAUUCAUUUCUUGCAGAAUUUGAUUCAUUUGAAACUUUCUUUUAUAUUGAAAACAAUGUAUUGCAAGUUUUGCACAUAUCUCUCCUCUAUCUUUGCAUCUUUUGAUGGUUGGUCCAUGGAACUCUGGUUUUGCCCCCCUCAUCUUUAUCCCU